GAGUGGGUGCCACUGGCGCCCUGCAGCCGCGCGCGGGGCGGCGGACCGGCGGAUUCGGAACCGGAGCGCGGCGGCCGCGGGCGCCCGGGAGGAGGAGGAGGAGGAGGAGGAGGAGGAGUAGGAGGCGGGCGGGCGCAGCGCGGAGAGGCAGCCUGGCGCUGCCCGGCCCGGCGGCAGCUCGGGAAGCCCCAGCUCUGAUCUGCGUCUGACCGGCUAGCGAUCAAGAUGCCCAGGGAAUAGUUCACAUCCGUCACGCGUCACCUCUAGACACAUCCGCCAGACGCCUCUCCUCCCGUCCUGCCUGACCUGUUGCUCGGGGACACGUCCCACCGCUCCCCUGACGUCCGCCCGGCCGACCGUCGCCUGCUUAGAGAGGGGGGCGGGAGGCGGCGCGUGGAGUCAUGCCACCGACGGCCCGGCGGCGAUGAGUGGGUGACGCCGGGCUGAUGUCAGACCCGGGCAGGGCCGAAGCUCCGCAGCCCCCGGCUCCCGGCGCAGCCUGAAGCCCGCUUCCUCCGGGCGGGAUCGCCUCGGCCCGAGCUCGUCCGGGGGGCUCCAGGCGGGCCCCUGGCAACCAGCCGCCAUGGAGGACCCCGUGGUCGGCGUGCAGCAGAUCCAGCCCAAUGUCAUUUCCGUCCGCCUCUUCAAGCGCAAGGUCGGGGGCCUGGGCUUCCUGGUGAAGGAGCGGGUGAGCAAGCCCCCCGUGAUCAUCUCAGACCUGAUUCGAGGGGGCGCGGCGGAGCAGAGCGGCCUCGUGCAGGCCGGGGACAUCAUCCUGGCGGUCAACGGCCGGCCCCUGGUGGACCUAAGCUACGACAGCGCGCUGGAGGUGCUGAGGGGCGUCGCCGCCGAGACCCACGUGGUCCUCAUUCUGAGGGGCCCCGAGGGCUUCACCACACACCUGGAGACCACCUUCACCGGGGACGGGACCCCCAAGACCAUCCGGGUGACCCAGCCCCUGGGGCCUCCCGCCAGGGCCGUUGACCUGUCCCACCAGCCCUCGGCCAGCAAAGAGCAGCCACCGGCGGCGGGCGGGACCCCAGGUCCCGGGAACGGCCCUCAGCACGCCCAAGACGACGGGCAGGAAGCCGGCUCUCUGCCCCAUGCCAACGGCCCGGCCCCCCCGCCCCCAGGCCAGGACCCUGCCAAGAAAGCAGCCAGGGCCGGCCUCCAAGGCAGGGGGGACCACGACGAGCUGCUCAAAGAGAUAGAGCCCGUGCUGAGCCUUCUCGCCGGCGGGAGCAAAGGGGCCAAGGGCGGGGGACCGGCCAAGGCAGAGACGAAGGACACGGGAGUCCAGGUGGACAGAGACUUGGACGGCAAGUCACACAAACCUCUGCCCCUGGGCAUGGAGAACGACCGCGUCUUCAACGACCUGUGGGGGAGGGGCAGCGUGCCCGUCGUCCUCAACAACCCGUAUUCGGAGAAAGAGCAGCCCCCUGCCUCGGGAAGACAGUCCCCCACCAAGAAUGGCAGCCCCUCCAAGUGUCCCCGCUUCCUCAAGGUCAAGAACUGGGAGACUGACGUGGUUCUCACUGACACCCUCCACCUUAAGAGCACACUGGAGACGGGCUGCACGGAGCACAUCUGCACGGGCUCCAUCAUGCUGCCCUCCCUGCACACGCGGCGGCCCGAGGACGUCCGCACGAAAGAGCAGCUCUCCCCUCUCGCCAAGGAGUUCAUUGAUCAGUACUACUCGUCCAUUAAAAGGUUCGGCUCCAAAGCCCACAUGGACAGGCUGGAGGAGGUGAACAGAGAGAUCGAGACCACCAGCACCUACCAGCUCAAGGACACAGAACUCAUCUACGGGGCCAAGCACGCCUGGCGGAACGCCUCCCGCUGCGUGGGCAGGAUCCAGUGGUCCAAGCUGCAGGUGUUCGAUGCCCGCGACUGCACCACGGCUCACGGGAUGUUCAACUACAUAUGCAACCACAUCAAGUAUGCCACCAACAAAGGGAACCUCAGGUCUGCCAUCACCAUAUUUCCCCAGCGGACGGACGGCAAGCACGACUUCCGAGUAUGGAACUCCCAGCUCAUCCGCUACGCCGGCUACAAACAGCCCGACGGCUCCACCCUGGGGGACCCCGCCAACGUGGAGUUCACGCAGAUCUGCGUGCAGCAGGGCUGGAAGCCCCCGAGAGGCCGCUUCGACGUCCUGCCGCUCCUGCUGCAGGCCAACGGCAAUGACCCCGAGCUCUUCCAGAUCCCUCCCGAGCUGGUGUUGGAAGUUCCCAUCAGGCACCCCAAGUUCGAGUGGUUCAAGGCCCUGGGGCUGAAGUGGUACGGGCUGCCCGCCGUGUCCAACAUGCUCCUGGAGAUCGGCGGCCUGGAAUUCAGCGCCUGUCCCUUCAGCGGCUGGUACAUGGGCACGGAGAUCGGCGUGCGCGAUUACUGUGACAACUCCCGCUACAACAUCCUGGAGGAAGUGGCCAAGAAGAUGGAGCUGGACACGAGGAAGACGUCUUCCCUGUGGAAGGACCAGGCGUUGGUGGAGAUCAACAUCGCAGUCCUAUACAGCUUCCAGAGCGACAAAGUGACGAUCGUCGACCACCACUCUGCCACCGAGUCCUUCAUCAAGCACAUGGAGAACGAGUACCGCUGCCGGGGCGGCUGCCCGGCUGACUGGGUGUGGAUCGUGCCCCCCAUGUCCGGCAGCGUCACCCCCGUGUUCCACCAGGAGAUGCUCAACUACCGGCUCACCCCGUCCUUCGAGUACCAGCCUGACCCUUGGAACACCCACGUCUGGAAAGGCACCAACGGGACCCCCACAAAGCGGAGAGCCAUUGGCUUCAAGAAGCUGGCGGAAGCCGUCAAGUUCUCAGCCAAGCUGAUGGGGCAGGCCAUGGCCAAGAGGGUCAAAGCCACCAUCCUCUAUGCCACAGAGACGGGCAAGUCGCAAGCCUACGCCAAGACCCUGUGCGAGAUCUUCAAACACGCCUUUGAUGCCAAGGUGAUGUCCAUGGAAGAAUAUGACAUCGUGCACCUGGAACACGAAACUCUGGUCCUGGUGGUCACCAGCACCUUUGGCAAUGGAGACCCCCCUGAGAACGGGGAGAAAUUCGGCUGUGCUUUGAUGGAAAUGAGGCACCCCAACUCCAUACAGGAGGAACGGAAGUACCCGGAACGCUUGCGUUUCUUUCCCCGUAAAGGGCCUCCCCUCCCCCGUGGUGGCGCGGAAGUCCACGGUCUGGCUGCAGCCCGUGACAGCCAGCGCAGGAGCUACAAGGUCCGAUUCAACAGCGUCUCCUCCUAUUCUGACUCCCGGAAAUCAUCAGGCGACGGGCCCGACCUCAGGGACAACUUUGAGAGUGCCGGGCCGCUGGCCAAUGUGAGGUUCUCCGUGUUCGGCCUUGGCUCACGCGCCUACCCUCACUUUUGCGCCUUUGGACAUGCGGUGGACACCCUCCUGGAAGAGCUGGGAGGAGAGAGGAUCCUGAAGAUGCGAGAAGGGGACGAGCUCUGCGGGCAGGAAGAGGCGUUCAGGACCUGGGCCAAGAAGGUCUUCAAGGCAGCCUGCGACGUCUUCUGCGUGGGGGAUGACGUCAACAUCGAGAAGGCCAACAACUCUCUCAUCAGCAACGACCGCAGCUGGAAGAGGAACAAGUUCCGCCUCACCUAUGUCGCUGAAGCUCCGGAACUCGCACAAGGUCUGUCCAACGUCCACAAAAAGCGAGUCUCCGCCGCCCGGCUCCUCAGCCGUCAGAACCUGCAAAGCCCUAAGUCCAGCCGAUCCACCAUCUUCGUGCGGCUCCACACCAACGGGCACCAGGAGCUGCAGUACCAGCCUGGGGACCACCUGGGCAUCUUCCCCGGCAACCACGAGGACCUGGUGAGCGCCCUGAUCGAGCGGCUGGAGGACGCGCCCCCCGUCAACCAGAUGGUGAAGGUGGAGCUGCUGGAGGAGAGGAGCACGGCUCUGGGCGUCAUCAGCAACUGGACGGACGAGCACCGCCUGCCGCCGUGCACCAUCUUCCAGGCCUUCAAGUACUACCUGGACAUCACCACGCCGCCCACGCCCCUGCAGCUGCAGCAGUUCGCCUCCCUGGCCACCAGCGACAAGGAGAAGCAGCGCCUGCUGGUCCUCAGCAAGGGUUUGCAGGAGUACGAGGAGUGGAAGUGGGGCAAGAACCCCACCAUCGUGGAGGUGCUGGAGGAGUUCCCGUCCAUCCAGAUGCCUGCCACCCUACUCCUGACGCAGCUGUCCCUGCUGCAGCCACGGUACUACUCCAUCAGCUCCUCCCCGGACAUGUACCCGGACGAAGUGCACCUCACCGUGGCCAUCGUCUCCUACCGCACCCGAGAUGGAGAAGGACCAAUUCACCAUGGCGUGUGCUCCUCCUGGCUCAACCGGAUCCAGGCUGACGAGGCGGUCCCCUGUUUCGUGAGAGGCGCGCCCAGCUUCCACCUGCCCCGAAAUCCCCAAGUCCCCUGCAUCCUGGUCGGCCCAGGCACCGGCAUCGCCCCUUUCCGAAGCUUCUGGCAACAGCGGCAAUUUGACAUUCAGCACAAAGGGAUGAGUCCCUGCCCCAUGAUCCUGGUCUUCGGGUGCCGGCAGUCCAAGAUCGACCACAUCUACAGGGAAGAGACCCUGCAGGCCAAGAACAAGGGGGUCUUCAGAGAGCUGUACACGGCCUAUUCCCGGGAACCGGACAAACCAAAGAAGUACGUGCAGGACAUACUACAGGAGCAGCUGGCUGAGGCCGUGUACCGGGCCCUGAAGGAGCAAGGGGGCCACAUCUAUGUCUGCGGGGAUGUCACCAUGGCCGCCGACGUCCUCAAAGCCAUCCAGCGCAUCAUGACCCAGCAGGGGAAGCUCUCAGCAGAGGAUGCCGGCGUGUUUAUCAGCAGGCUGAGGGAUGACAACCGGUACCACGAGGACAUUUUCGGAGUCACGCUGCGGACGUAUGAAGUGACCAACCGCCUUAGAUCUGAGUCCAUUGCCUUCAUUGAAGAGAGCAAAAAGGAUGCCGAUGAGGUUUUCAGCUCCUAACGGGACCCUCCCGCCCAGCCGGAUGCAGAGCGGCCGCCCCAAGUGCCCCAGCGGGGGCAGCCGCCCCUUCCGCCAGCGCCAACAGACAGACGCUGCUGAACCUCCUCCGGGACCCACGCAGCCCUCGCUCUGCCUCUCUCGUCCUCCUCGUCGCUGUGUCCUGGUUUUCCUCUUCCGGGCUCUCGGCCCUCCUGGGUUGUCCCCCUCGAGUUUUCCUGCUGCGAUGCAAUGCCUUUAUACUCUGCAGUGGCUCUUCCGAAACUCUGUCCCCUCCCCCCCUCCCUGCCUCUCUUGCUGACUAGGGCAAAUCACGGGUGCAUGAAACCACCGGAACGUGGCCGCCGCCCCUGUGCGGGUUUGUGCUCCGGGCUUCCCCUGGAAGGCGGCAGGCGCUGGACACAAGUCCUCUGAGCCAGUCCCUUGGCCGCCGAUGUCCCCCCUUUUUUAUGAUGACGCUUUGGUCGUGCGUGUGCGUGUGUGUGUGUGUGUGCAUGUGUGCCUGUGACGGGCCGGCUCUCUCGUCUGUCCUCUUGCCUGUGCAAGUGUGUUGAUCUUAGAUCUGAGUCCUUCGCCUUUGUUGAAGACCUUUAGUGCCAAGAAACACGCCCCCCGCCCGUGUUAAUUCUUCUCGCCUCCAUAAUGAAGGGUUCACACCGGUGUCCCUUGGAAGCCCCCGUAACUGUCCUGGUUACAGAGGGUCAGGGCUGGGGGGUCGAGUCUGAUGAUCCAAGGGAAGUCCCCCAGUGAAAGCGGCAUUCACAGAACUAGAUGCUUUCAGAUGCCUAGUUGGGGAGCCCUUACUGGAAAUGAACCCAUCGAACGGCUUGGGCAAAAUCUCCCUCCAAAUCCCCACCCCAGCCAGGGCCACCUGAUUUGGCCACAUUCAUUCCCUUCCCCCCUCCCCGGCUCCCCAACCCAGGCGGUCCCAUUUACACAGCCCAGAAGUGAUGUCCACGGGAAUGUGCUGGGAAUAAAGAAAUCUCGGGUGACUUGGGACAAGUCACUUGUCCUCAGUUUCCCCUGGCCGUCAUGCUAGCAGCCUAGAGAACAUGAAUGGGCUGAACUUUAAAGUUUUUAUAGUCUGGAAACAAUAUCAAGGAAGAAUAUGAUUUUUUUUUCAAUUCCCCUAAAUGAGGCUGGCUGCUCCAGCCUUGGGGGUAAAACACUGAGCGCCGGUUUAAAGUGGACGGGGUUAGAAAGAAAUGCCGUUUCCAUGGACAGCCGCAUGGCUGGUUCCGUGGGAACGGUGGGCCCUCUAAAAUUGAUCCCCAGGUUUUUUAACCUGCUAUAAAAAUGUUGACGAAUAAACGCCCCACAACUCACAUCAAAAGUGAAAAGCAGAGUCUUCGUUAGGAAUCGGGCCGGUGCAAUUUCCCCAGAAGGCGACCAACCUGCUGAGUGUCCGGGUCUCUCUCUCUCUACUUAAGUGCUAAACAUCAAUGUCAGGCAGUAGCCAGAAAAAACACCAAGGAAUUCUGGUGACCCUCCCAGCCUGCGGGGGCCAGCCCGGGGUCCCCAAGCAUGGAGGAGACGUAUUCAGCCAGUUCUGUCCUGUUUUUGAUGUGUUCUGUCCUACAGAAAAACCGUUCUCCAUUUAUACACUGUGCACGGGCAUAUCUUUUCGGAUGCCCAGUUUGGGUGCCUGCCAAAGAGGAGGUGUCCUGGCACUCUGGAAGGGCUUGACAAUGAGGCCACCGAGACCCCCAAGGGCCCAACAUCCAAGAUUCUAAAAGGGAAAGCCGUGUCCCCCUGUUCUCUGCCGUCCCUGGCAGCCCCUGCCAGUGUCUCUUUCCUGGCACACAGAUUUCGCUCCAAGCCAGUUAUGAUCUCCCCCUGCCUGCCUUUAAUGCCAUUUUCUCCUGCUCGGUCUUCCACCGACACAGAGACAAACACUCAGCACCCCCCCACACACACACACACCACCCCUUUCUAACCUGGAGGAAAAUCCAUUGUGACAACUUCUUCCCUGCAAACACAAUUCUGGCUCCUACUAGAUCUUCUGCUAAGGGAAUUUUUUUCCCAAUCCUUUACACCUUUGCAAACACUUCCUAAGCUGUCACCAGUUGUUCCCCAGGGCCUGAACUGCUGUGUCCAAUCUCCAUCAAAGAGAAACUGAUCAAUUGCUUUCCUCUCUAAGGCAAGCUUUAUGCAUGGAAUCUUUCCCACCACCAAAUGAAUACUUAGGAGCGCUUCCUAUGUGCCAGGCACCGUUUCCCUGCAUAUCCCUGCCCUUCUAUAUCAGGUAGGCAGAUGGAAACAUCCCAUUUUGUUGGAGAAUCCAAAGAAACACUAUUUAUAUAUAUAUAUAUAACCAGGAUGCAUGUUUCUUCCCAAGAAGGAUUUUUUUAAAUAGAUAAGUAAACACCUUUCAACCCAACACGAGCUGCUUCAUGGCUCCUGGCUAGAAGACAGGAGACCGAGCUGAUGUGUUUCUGUCCUUUGCCGGAAUUCCUGGUAUCAGAAACCUCACUGCGAUGACUAGCCAAUCCAGAGGAAAAAAAGCAGCUCAGAGUCCAGACUUAGAAUCGAGCUCAGAUCCAGGGUGGGUAAAUACUGCCCUCUUGUGGUGGUUUUUAGGUCAGACACCAUAGCCAAAAAAA